GAUUUCCCGUUUCAUUUUAAAUAUAAAUUAAUUUAACAUUAAUAAUAAAUUAUUAAGUAAAUAUAAACCCAAGUAAAUCCCAAAAGGCUAAAAUGGUCUAUUUCUGUAAACUUCCCAAAACGGCAUCCUAAAAAAAACGCAAUUCAUUUUCACAGCCUAAAAUAUAGCCUUCCAUUUACUACCUUACCCUUUCAUUGGUUCUAUUUUCGCGCCCAAAAGCACAGUAAAGAAAAAAGAAUACAAAAAGUACCGCCAACUUUUACAGCGCCAAAAAUCUUUUGCGCGCCAAAAUCAUUUCUCCAUACAAAAGCCGAGCCCAAAUUAGCAGUUUCAAUCGUCUCCAAUUCUUCUCUUCAACUCAGAAAAUAUUUUUUUCUCUCACUUUGCUUUUACAAUCACUCUCUUGUUGAAAAAAAUGGAGAUUGCAGCCACAGAAGAAGAGAAUAUCAGUAAAAUCAAGUCGGAGAUUCUUGAUUCCGGCAACGACAAUGAUCCAGCGGUCACCGUGAAGCGUGCUGGUAUGGGUAAAGGCUUCCGGGUUUCAAUAGAUGUAAAACAAGAACCGUUUCAAGCUCCAGAAGAAUCUGCUUUAAAGCCCUUGUUUCGAGUGAAACAGGAGCCUGACUUGGGGUUUGAGGAUAAAAAAGAUUUGGAUUCUGCAGAUUCUAAGGCUGUCCAAAUGGAAGAAUCUCUUGAUAAUCAGACAGUUGAUCGAAACAAGGCGCUGGAGGCGGAGAUUAAAGUGAAAGCGGAACCUAAAGAAUCAGAGGAUGCUAUAAUGGAGGAAAACCCUAGAGAAUUAGAUGUUCCAAGGAAGGAGGAGCCUAAGGAAUUAUCCGUAUCCGCGAAUGAGGUAUUGAAAAAUGUCGAGCAAAUUAAAGAAGUGAGUUCAGAGAGUGAUCAACCAAAGCGUGUGUUUUCAAAAAGUAUUCAUGACAUGACAUUCCCGGAAUAUUUGGCAUACUCCGAAGAUAGACCCUUAAACCCUAGUAAGACUAAGAGUACCAACACUAAGGUUAAAGAGGAGCCUGAUUUAGUACUAAUAGAGGAUAAGACCAAUGAUGUUAAGGCGAAAGCGCCUGUUAGCGAUACAAGGAUUGUUAAUGGUGUUAAAGUGGAAGAUGGUGAUUUCCCGGAAGAGAAAGAUUGGUACUUGGUUGGUAGAGCUAUGGUUACCGGCUUAUCCACUAGUAAAGGGAGGAAAUUAGUUGAUAAUGAAAUUGUCAAUUUUGUGUUUCCUAAUACUAAUUUCAGAAACAAUUCCCGAUGGAUUGUUCGUUUUGCUACUAAACGCUCUGGAGAGAUUGGCCGGCUUCCGAUGGAAUGGGGAAAAUGUGUUGUUCCUCUUGUGAGUUCGAGAAAGGUUAAAGUUCUCGGAAGGUGUGUAGCUGCACCUCCUACUCUUCACAUUAUGCAAGAGAUAAUGUUGUAUAUCAGCUUUUAUAUUCACAGUUCAAUAUUUACUGAGAUAGAUAAGUCAACAUGGAAGCUAGGAUCUCCUUCGAACAUAGACUCUACGAUUUAUCCUCUUGUUACUUUGUUCAAAUUGCUCAAAAUUGGACCGUACCAGAAGGCAGACUUUACCCCUGAGGAGCUUGAUUCUCGAAAGCGAUCACUGAACCUUGAAUGUUCAUCAAAACAGUGCGAUCUGGGUGAAGCUGCUAUGGUGUUGCCUAUGGGAAAGAGGAGAAAGGGUUCCGAGCAGCAUCAAGAACAAGACAAAGACGAACAAGCUAUUUCUGAGUCAUCUCUAAAUAAGCUUGUUGGUGCUGUAGAUACAUACAACUUGGAGGAGAUGGAGCCUCCACGUACACUAAUGUGCAGUUUAAGGCCAUACCAGAAACAAGCUUUGUAUUGGAUGUCUGAGCGCGAGAAAGGGAUUGAUGUUGAGAAAGCAGCAGAAACUAAGCAUCCAUGCUGGGAAGCAUAUCGUAUACCUGACUCAAGGGCUUCCUCUAUUUUUGUGAACAUCUUCUCUGGGGAGGCAGCCACACAAUUUCCAGCUGCAACGCAGAUGGCCAGAGGAGGAAUUCUUGCAGAUGCUAUGGGUCUUGGAAAGACAGUGAUGACUAUUUCUGUAAUACUGGCAAGACCUGGAAAAGGAAGCGCAUACAUUCAAGAAAGCAUAAACAUGAAGAACGGAAGAGGUGGCACUCUAAUUGUAUGUCCCAUGGCAUUGCUAGGUCAAUGGAAGGAUGAGCUAGAAACGCAUUCGGAACCUGAAAGCAUUUCCAUUUUUGUUCACUAUGGUGGCGAUAGAACAAAUAAUCCCAGGAUUCUCGCUGGAUAUGAUGUGGUCUUGACAACAUAUGGUGUUCUGACGGCAGCAUAUAAAUCAGCUAUGGAGAACAGCAUCUUCCAUAAAGUUGAGUGGUCAAGGGUGGUGUUGGAUGAAGCUCAUACUAUAAAAUCCUGGAAAACAGUAGGUGCUCAAGCUGCCUUCAAAUUAUCCUCACACUCCAGGUGGUGUCUCACUGGAACACCUCUUCAGAAUAACUUGGAAGACCUAUACAGCCUUCUAUGCUUCUUGCGUGUCGAACCUUGGUGCAACUGGGCAUGGUGGAGCAAAAUGAUUCAGAGGCCUUACGAGAAUGGUGAUCCAAGAGGGCUGAAAUUGAUCAAGGCUAUUUUGAGGCCACUGAUGUUGAGAAGAACUAAGGAAACCAAAGACAAAGAUGGAAGGCCAAUACUUGUUCUUCCUCCCACUGAUAUUCAAAUCAUUGAGUGCGAACAUUCAGAAGCUGAGUAUGAUUUCUAUGAUGCACUGUUCAGAAGAUCAAAGGUUCAGUUUGACCAGUUUGUGGAGCAAGGGAAGGUUCUUCACAAUUAUGCAUCUAUUCUUGAGCUAUUGCUUCGAUUGAGGCAGUGUUGCAAUCACCCUUUUCUUGUCUUAAGCCGAGCUGACUCUCAACAGUAUAGUGACUUGAACAAGCUUGCAAAAAGGUUCUUGGAAACAAAUGUCGAUUCUGCUACUCCAGGACAAACAGGGCCCACGCGAGCAUAUGUUGAAGAGGUUGUUGAGGGCAUCCGAAAGGGUGAAAAUACAGAAUGUCCCAUCUGCAUGGAGUAUGCAGAUGACCCUGUGCUCACAUCAUGUGCACAUAGGAUGUGCAGAGAAUGUCUCCUUUCAAGCUGGCGAACGUCAACUAUCGGGCUAUGCCCAAUCUGCCGAACUCAGCUGAAGAAAACGGAACUCAUUACGUGCCCAACAGAGAACAAGUUCCGAGUUGACGUUGAAAAGAACUGGAAAGAGUCUUCAAAGGUCUCAAAGCUCUUAGAAUGCUUAGAACAAAUUCAAAAAUCAGGCUGUGAUGAAAAGAGCAUUAUCUUCAGCCAGUGGACUUCGUUUUUGGACCUUUUAGAGAUUCCAUUGAAAAGGAGAGGAAUUGGGUUCUUAAGAUUUGAUGGAAGAUUAGUGCAGAAGCAAAGAGAGAAGGUCUUGAAGGAGUUCAAUGAAACUAAUGAAAAAAUGGUGCUAUUGAUGUCUCUCAAAGCUGGUGGUGUUGGUCUGAAUCUAACUGCAGCCUCCAAUGUCUUCAUAAUGGAUCCAUGGUGGAAUCCUGCUGUAGAGGAGCAAGCAAUCAUGAGAAUUCAUCGCAUAGGACAAAAGCGAACAGUUGUUGUUCGAAGAUUCAUCAUCAAGGACACGGUGGAGGAAAGGAUGCAACAAGUCCAAGCAAGGAAGCAACGGAUGAUAUCCGGAGCUCUGACCGAUGAAGAAGUCCGGUCUGCUCGGAUUGAACAACUCAAAAUGCUAUUUAGAUGAUUUAUUUAUGUUUCAUCUUUAGACUAGAAUAUGUUCUAGGACUUAGAAAGGCUUUCAUUGUAUAGUCUAUUUUUGUUUUUGAUUGACAUGAAUAGUAAAAUCUUGACUGGGAGCAGCUGAAAAUAAGAUACCAAACGUAUCAAAUAUUUAUUUAUUAAA